AUGCUCUCCGACUCUGUGUCGCUCGACUGGUCGCUCAUGGCUGCGCCACUGGCCGGCUCCACUCCGGGCAGCAUGGGGACCCUGAAGGCCUGGGCGACACGCCGGACCGACGUCCCGUUGACCGGGCGAGGCUCGGGGCAGGUCUCUCGGCCGGUGACGAGCUUCCUCAUCUCGGACAGGUCGCUGAGGGGCCAAGAGGCCGCAAUCUCAGGAAGCCGGAGCCCGCAGGGCCUGCGGAUCCUGCGGAUCCCGUCGGGGCCGAGGACGCCGGGGCCUGGCACGGCCCCCCCGUGGGCGACGCUGCGGGGGCGCCCGCGGGCCAUCCUGGGAGUCGAGGGCUGCCUCGGUGCGGGCGCCGCCGCGCUGGAGGCCUCCGCCCACGCCAGCGCUGGCCUUGGCCGAUGCUGGUAG